UUACUAUCUAACUCUCACGUUGUUGUUGGUAAGAAUAUUCCUUAAUCCCUCUCCAUUUCUCUUUUUCCUGCCCCAAAAAAUGUGUGUGGAGAAGUUGCCAUAUACAUCUCCACGUUUUACUCUCAAUAAUAGCAUGUUAGAGGAAAUUAUAACCGUCAUUAUUAUGGGAUACUAGUAGUUGUAUAUACAACUGUAAUUCUCAUGCUUCCAUCUUCCUCCUUUAAUUCCUUCUUUUCAAAUUCAAAAAUCCCAUAACUCCCUCUCCUUAACAUUCUCUCUUUACCUUUCUUCAAGGAAAAAAAUAAUAAUCAAACUUCCCCUUGUCUUGCUGUUUGUUAAUUGAAUAAGAAUGAACAGUCCAUACACAGUAACCAGGCUUGUAAGAUGGCGAAUUAGAGAUUGGGUAUCCUGUUUCUAUGCUUGCAGGUUCCCUUUAGAGGAAGAAUCGAAUAAGUUUUGCUCAAUGACGCCUCAGAAACCGAAUAGGAAAAUGGUUUUCGAUCCGAUUGGUGAUAGCAGAAGGAAUAGAAAGAAGAAGUUGAAUAAGAAAAUGGAACAGAGGAAAAAAGAAACUGUGAAGGUUUCAGCAGAGAAGGAUGAAGAGAAGGGAGAAAAUGACUCGAGCUGGCCUCGAUUCUCAGAAGAGGAUUAUAUAGUGUUUUGCUUUGAAGACGAUGGAGGAAUACAUAUAGUGGAAGAUAGAAAAUCGGAAGCAUUUCACCAGAAAAUUGACCAUGCCAACUUAACUUCAAAGCCUGUUUGUAGGAAGCUUAAAUAUGUAGAGAAUGCACCAGAAUUUCUCCCUCAGAGUAAAAACGACAGUGUCCACUCUGUAGAUGGAGAAAAUAGCUAUGAAUCAGCUGAAGAACAGAUUCCCGUUACAGACGAUAAGGGUGAGGGAAAAGGAAGCAAUGAUAUGGAAGACGAAUGGCCACCUGCUGUCAUUAAAGAGAUCAGUCACAUAGGUGAGGUUUGUGAAAACAAAACAACUCCAUCUGCGGAAUCAAGUGAUUCUAAUUACUCCAAUGGUAGCACUGGUUCCUUUGCCUUCCCUGUGUUGGGCUGGGAAUUGAUGGGCAGUCCAGCUCAAAUGCCGAAACCUGAAGAAGAUGAAGAAGAAGAAGAAGGCGGCCCACAUUUGGGGAAGCAUAAGGCUUGGUGCAGCGUGCGCCAUCACUGCUGCAAAUUUUGACACCUUGUUCUCCCCCUUUUCCCCAUAGGACAUUUUCUUACUGAAUUCAUCGAACUCUCUAAGAAUACUUAUAUACAUCUUUCUUUCGUUGAUCAA